AUGGAAUCUUCUUCGGUGCCUUCUUCUUCUUCUAUUUCGAAUCCCUUGGUGACCCCAGAAGAGUUCAAGAUUUUUCACAGCAUAGACCGAACACUUUAUACUAGACUUGUUGUCAAUCUUGACCGUGACCCCGCAGAGUCCAUGCAAGUCAUGGCCUUAUGGAUUUGGCUUGAAAGGGAGGCACGUGAUUAUUUAGUGGACAAAAUGUUGUCAUUGCCUGAUGCCCUUAUCAAUUCACUAGCAGAUGAGGCCGUUCUUUGCUUGAAUUGCAUUGAGACUGACCGGUUUAAAUUUUCUCCGGAAACUGUAAACGAUGAAGUUCCUUUGACUCAACAGUUGACAAAAACUGGCCUCACCCUUCAGUUUUUCCAUGACAAUCGACUUGGCAUUCUUCGUGCGCUGACAAAGAUCAUCAAUGAAGUUUGUGCAAGAGCUUUCGAAGAUAUAUCGAGACAAGUCAUGGAGAGAAAGGCUAUUGGAGAAGGAAGUAAUAUUGUUGCUGAAAAUGUUCUUGGUCAAGAAAUGAACCCUUUGAAUUAUUAUGGUCCAGUGAUUAAUCCUGUACUGUAUUAUAAUUCGACUGCUGCUGGUGUUUAUGGUCGAAUGGGGAUCAGGCCCCAAUUCAUGGCGCCUAAGGCAGCGCAACCUUCCGGAAUUUUGCCUGGCUAUGAUCCUUAUGAUCUUGCAGUUCAGAGGCAGAUUAUGAACACUGAGAAUAUUGCUGAAGCAUUGAGUCGUAUAAAGAUUAGUACUGGCGACCAUCAGGAAGAUCAGAAGGAAGUGCAAGCUGAUGGUAGGACUAUUUUCUUGACAUUCUCUAAAGGUUACCCUAUUUCAGAAGAUGAAGUCAGAGAGUAUUUCACCAAGAGGCAUGGAGAUUGUAUUGAAGCAAUUUAUAUGCAAGAAGUUUCGGCAGAGGAGCAGCCACUGUAUGCUCGCCUUGUUGUACCCUCUGCUCUCGUCAUUCAUAACGUUCUCCAGGGACAGUGCAAGGCAAAGUUCACCAUUAAUGGAAAACAUGUUUGGGCCAGGAAAUAUGUCAAGAAGAAUCCGAAGUCGUCGUCUCCAUCCAAGUCACCCACAUCACCACAACCAACCUCACCAGACGCAGGACCACCAAGCGCAAAAACACUGAUUACGGAGAAGAAGCUGAAGAAAGAGUCAGCAAUGACAGCUCCGGCAAUGGGAAAGAGGCUGUUGAAACCAAGGAUGAUCAAAUUAAUGAUUUGA